AUAGAGACGCAACCCAACCGUACAAUCCUGGGUCAGGCUGCGUCCGGUGUCUGGAGCUCGGCGAGCGCACAACAGCAAACAAAGCAUGGCAGGCACAGGCAGUACAACUUCCUCUCUCACUUCGACAUCCCAUACUCUCUCGCAUGCGCCCGCCAUGGCGCCAGAAGUCGUUCAAUCUGCCGAAGGCUCAGCAGUCGCAGUCUUCCUCGACUCUACGUUCGCCUCCAACCGGCACGCCUUCCUUCGCCCAUCGCCUCUGCUGCCGUCCGGAUCUCUUCAGCUAGCCAAGGAUACUCUCGAUGCACUUGCUGGGCAGGUUGCAGACCACCAGCAGCAGAGGUUGCGCGAUGCGGGGAAGAAGCGUAAGCGGGACGGUACCCAGGACAAAUCAACUGUUUUGAAGAUCAGGAAACUCCACAUUGAUGGUUUUGAUACCGGCCAAGUGUGGCAGCAAGCCAAGAAAAUCAUCAAUAGUGCGCUUCAGGAGUCCACUCAGGUCCUCAAAGAGCUGGAGGAAAAUGACGAGGUCGUGCACAUAACAAAUGGGGACGCUGAGGAGUCCAGGCAUAUCGAGUUCGGUGAAGAUGGAUUCGAAGUAGGCUCUGAAGAGGACGAGUCCGCCACCGAUGGCGAUACAGAGGAGUCGGAUGACGACGGUGCUAGCCUUGCCGAAGACGACGGAGACGACGAGGAAAUGGCUGAGUCGAAAGCUGAGGGGGACGACCAUAAAGGAGAACUUGAUGAUGACGAUGAAGUCGAUGGGGCUGAGAAACGGGGAGCGGACGAAGAGGGAGACGAGGACGACUACGACGACGAACCGGAGGAAGAGCUCGUUGAGGACCCUUACGGUCUCAAUGAUGGCUUUUUCUCAAUAGAUGAGUUCAACAAGCAGACUCAAUGGUUCGAGGACCAGGAUGCUCGCGGAGACCCGAAUACGGACCGCUUCAGUGACGACGAAUCGAUCGACUGGCAUGCGGAUCCGUUCGCGCCGAAAAAGCCGCGCAAGAAGGGUGCGGACGAGGAUGAAGAUGACGAGUCAGAUAUGGAUAUGGACGAGGACGGAGAAGAGGAUAGAACGGGGGCGGCGUUGAGUAAACAGGAUUUGGAAGACAUGGAUGAUGGAGACGACAGUGAAGAGGGGGGUAACCUGGACGACGAUCUCCAUGACAUGGGUCUCGACCUUACCGCCAACGACAUCUACUACGAUGAUUUCUUUGCCCCGCCGAAGAAGAAGAAGAAGCCUGGGAAUGUCACGAAGCGCAGAGACUCACCUAAGCCAUCGCGGCCUGAAGACGCCGACAUCGAGCGGGCUGAGAACGAUGUCCGACGCGAUCUCUUUGAAGAUUUAUCCGAACGGUCUGACUCGGAGGAUGCGCUCUCAGACGUCUCCGCGGGCGAUCCCAAAUCGCGCCGCUCGGCUCAUGAGCGGAGGCAAGCCAAGAUAGCGGAGGAAAUCCGCAAGCUCGAGGCCGAACUGGUAGCCAAGCGGGCGUGGACCCUCUCCGGCGAGGCCUCCGCGGUUGACCGACCGGUUAACUCCUUGCUCGAGGAAGACCUGGAUUUUGAGCACGUCGGCAAGCCGGUUCCUGUCAUCACUGAAGAGGUUUCCGAGUCUAUCGAGGCGCUCAUCAAGCGCCGCAUCUUGGCCCAAGAAUUCGACGAGGUACUUCGCAGACGCCCGGACACCUUCGGCAACCCGAACGGGACGAGGCGCGGGCUCGUCGAUGUGGACGAUACCAAGGCCAAGCAGAGUUUGGCUGAAAUAUACGAGGAGGAACAUGUUAAGAAGGCGAAUCUUGAUGCCUACGUGAGCCAAGCUGACGAGAAGCUGCGCCGUGACGAAGAGGAAAUCAAGAAGAUGUGGAAGGAAAUUAGCGCCAAGCUCGACGCGCUCAGCAGCUGGCACUACAAGCCGAAGCCAGCCGCCCCGACACUCACUGUCGUCGCUGAUGUCGCGACAGUCGCCAUGGAGGACGCACAGCCCACGACUGCCCAGGGCGUGGCUGGUGGCGAGAGCAUGAUCGCGCCGCAGGAGGUGUACGCUCCCGGCAAGGACACGGCCGAGAAGGGCGAGGUGGUGGCUAAGAGCGGGUUGCCUGUGGCCAAACAGGAGAUGACCCGCGAGGAGAAGCUGCGGAGGCGCCGUCGCGAGAAGGAGCGCAUCCGUAAAGCGGGAGGUAUUGACGCGAACAAGCCGGUCAGCAAGAAGGCUCAGGAGCAGCGCGAGACGAUCAAUGACCUGAAGAAGGGCGGAGUCAAGGUCAUCAACCGUAAGGGUGAGGUGGUAGGCCUGGAUGGGAAAAAGGUGGUUGAACAAAAGGGCUCUCAGAGUAGCGGAGCGUUUAAGCUGUGAGGUAACUGCAGGCGUCGCACGAAGCAAUCCAACUUUUUGCCCUCUUCCCGUCUCAUCCUUAUAGAUAAAGUUCAGUCCUGAGCAGGGGAAACCAAGGGCCGAGAACCUACAUGAUAGUACAACGCUGUUCGGCUCUUUGAACUCUUUCUCCAGCGGACAUUCUUCAGAGAACGCUUUUUGGGCGCGAGGCCAGACAAGGACUAUGUGCCGCUUUGGAUGAGGUGACGAUAUCUCUUAUAUACACAAGCGACUUUGUAACCAUCGUGUUGCAGGUACCAACCUACGUAAUACUAUUCCAUACUGUUCG